GUCUGCCUUGAGAAUGCGGAAACAUAUCAGAUGUUUAUUUUAUUUGUUUCACCUUUUUAUUUCAGUACGAAGCUCUUAUCCACCGAUCGGUGAUGAGAUACAGUUCGGCAGUGUGCUCUUGCCGGCCACCAGACGAGGGCGUUAUCUAGCCAAUAUCGUUAGAAGACAAGCCGUGGAUGGGACGGGCAUUAAAUUUAACAAAGAUGCUGACAGGAUGAACGCAGAAGCCAAAAAGAAGGUAGACGUACUAUCAGAAGAACUGCUUCCGUAUAUCAUAGCAGAACAGGAAAGAAGGACAACGUUGUACAAGAGAAUAAUGACCGCCAUCCAGAACGGGGAGAAGGGGGUGACGAUAGCCGAGAUCAGGAAUAAGCCCCCCUUGAUCAUAAGGAAAGGGUUAAUGUACCGAUGUCCGUCGAACCGUGCCCCCAAAGAGCCCGACGGUUCUGGCACGAUCAUGUGCGAAGACGAAAUCGAACCGUUCCCGGUGAUGUACGACUCGUGCCUAAGCGCCGAAGACAAGGAGCUUUAUGUUGCGCAGAACAAUUACUUCUUUUGCAACCGGCAUAAAGUGGAGGGUCCGGAUCUACCCAGAAACGGGAGUACCGUCAUAGGGUGCGCUCCAAUAGAGAGGACGUCGCUGAACUACACUACGAAUAAAUGUACACUUGAAGAUACCGACGAUGUUGUCGUCCAUUACAGAUAUUAUCCGGAUAAAACAUAUAAAUUCGUCACCGAACUGGACCCUGAUCGUGAGGUGUGCGACCACUGGAAUCCUUGCCAGAUUGGCUACAUCUACAGCUUACCUUCACCCGAUCAAGCGUUGACAGCCAAUGAGCUAUGGCAGGACGACCCGAAUGAGUUCGUGUUGCCCAGCGGGAGAUCUUACACGACCAGCCCAAGGCGGGUACAGAUUCCGGAUGGCUACGUCUUUCACGGUACUGGGAAAUGGUCGCCGGCCGGAGGGCAAACCCGACUUACGACUUUGCACAGGGACAGAUUAUUCGUCGAGCACAGUGUGCAGGGUCGUUACGUGUCCGUUACGUUUACGUUUAGACCGUUUCGUCCCGAAGACGUCGGAACGUACUACGGUCGCUUCGAAUCCGCAAGCCAGCCCGGCACUUUCAAACAGAUAAAAUGUCUGACCCUUAACUUGGCGCAGAUAAGCGUUGAUGCGCAAGUUAUUGAGGUCAUACCGUCUCAGCGCUUGAACAGGACUUCAAUUCCGCUGAGAUGUAACAAGUGCAGCAUCAUGGGUGUCAUGCUGAGGGCCGUGGACGGAACAGUUGCCAAUCUGGACCCCUCCAGAUACAGUUUGCGUAGCUACAGCGAUCCGCAAAAGUUUAUAGUCCUCGAUUUGGAGGGCACCAGGCCACAGGACUUUGGCGAUUAUUUCGCUGUCCUUGAGAACGAAGACGGCAACGAGGAGAGGAUCAAGGCGCUUACCAUUAAAUGUGAGUUCACAAUCAUUUCGAUGCGAGAUCGAGAUCAGGAAUGAGGAGACUAGUAGGAGAACCAUCAUAACCGACAUAGUCCCAAGGAUUUCAGGAAGUAGCAGUGGGUAGAUACGUUGCUUGUAGAACCAAUGGUCACUGGGGCAAAGGCUCUUCCACAAGGUAGGCCUCCCACAAGUUAGACCGGGUAGCUCCCCGCAUGCAGUAGUUGAUCAGCUGCUAAAAGUCUCGGGAAACUGCUAAAUGCGAGCUGCGCAUGUCCACCCCCACCACCAGUCGUUUUCGUGAGUCUUGGGAGAGGUCCCAAGACUCACGAAAUUUAUCCAGCAGUGAAAGAAUCCAGCAGUCCAUGGGCUAAUAUAUAGAUAAUAAUUAAUAUCCAGGUCAUGCUAGACCAGGGCC